AUGCUUGCGCAAGGCAUCCGGCCAUCUGACAACAAUCAGCUCAAAUUUCAGUUCGGUCAAGCUCUCGAUGGCCAUGUGUGUGGUUCACCUCAGCUGGUGUCACGUCAUCAACAUGCAGCCAGCUCACUUCUCGAUGUGAUCUCUGACAGACAACCAAAAACCGUCGCUUCUGCUGACGAAACCAGCACUACCUUCCUUGACCUGCCUAGAGAGGUAAAUUCUGUCGCUGGUUGCUUCCGCACGCGUUUCCUGACCGGAUCGCUCUCUUUGGAGACGCCAACGGCACACGAAGCCCUUCAAUGCAUCAUUGAUCGUGAAGAUCGUUUAUGGCAAUCGCUAUGUGAAUUCCAUUUCACACCUGCCCAAAUCGAUCAACGAAAGACGCCAGCGAAGACAUGGCGGCAGACGUUCUUCGAGCUGAAGAAGUACAAUGGUAUACGUGAGGUGUAUGCAGAUCUCAUCAACAUUUGUUGUCAUUGUAAGGCGUUAUUUUGGAAGACAUUGGGACAUCCAUGUCUUCGACCGGGUUCGCCUUCGGUGCGGGUCACACCACAACAAUUCGUCGACAUGCUUAUUUACCUCUAA